AUGCUGAAGAUGGGUGCGUCCAUGGACUCCGCAGCUCUGAAAUCGCGUGCUCUAGCUCACAGCCAGGCCACUGCCAACAUGGAUUCCAAGAGUGUCGCGCUGCUUGCCGAAUACACUGCCAUGAAUGCGGCCAUCAGUCACAUGAUCCCUUCGGUGCCAGCAUCCCAGACCAUGGACGUGUACAAUGCUUUUGCCAAGUUCAACCUUGGCAAGGAUGUGGGCCCUUACAUGAUGUCCAUGGUAAAUGCGGAGGAUGCCAAGGCAGCUUACCAGGCAUUGAUGGACUUCAAGGAUGUGGUCAAGGCGUCCCAGCGCUGA